AUGAGGCAAAAAAACGAUAAGGCAUUUACUGAGCUUCUCAAUAGAGUAAGAACAGCUUCUCAUACUGAGGAUGAUAUUAAAGUUAUUCAAUCAAGAAGAGUUUCGCCAUCUGAUCCCAACUAUCCAUCAGAUGCACUUCAUAUUUGGGCUGAAAAUUCUCCUGUUAAUGAACACAACCAAAUGAAACUGGAAGCCAUUCAAACACCGCUAUAUAUACUUAAAGCAAAAAAUCAAUAUCCACCAAAUGUUAGUAAACAAGAUAUUGAUAGAGUUUUAGCAAGAGGACGAUCUGAAACAUGUGGUCUUGAUGCCGAAAUUCAGAUUAAAGAAGGCGCCAGAAUAAUGCUUACUACAAAUAUCAAUAUACAAGAUCGACUUAUCAAUGGGCAAAUGGGAACUGUAGUAAAAAUUUAUGCUAACAUUAAAAAUGUACCAACAGUUGUAUAUGUAAAAUUUGAUGACGAGAAAGCUGGAAAAACAGCAAUAAAUACAAGUACCAAUCCUUUUGCUAGAGAAAAUCACGUUGUACCAAUUCAGCCUGUUCUUGCAAAAAUUAAAGUUAGACCAGUUUGGACUUAA